GACUGUACUGAAAUUUUUGUCGACUUGUGCGAGUUUUUCGCGAAUAACCGAAAGGGUCCGUUCGACUCCCCCUAAAACUGCGAGGCGUUUAAGCUAACUUAUAGCACCCGAGUUGGUUCAGUCUAGGAUUAUGCUAUUUUGAUGUUAGUAUGCCAGUGUGGUAAAUACUUGUCAUUUUGUAAUGCUUCAUAAAUACUUCAUUGUUUUGAAAACUUAGCUUUAUUCUGCUACCGCCAAAAAAAAAACUGUUUUUACAUCAAACUUUGCAUUGAACUUUACCUCUGUCAAAGUGUUCCCUGACCCAUGUAGCGAUGGAGUGAUGGAGGCGGCCAGCACAGCUGCGGCCGCGGCGGCCGCCGUGGCCUCUGGCGGCGACGCAAAAGGCAUGGACAAGAAUACUUUGGUGGCAGUUCUACAAUUUCUGAACAAGAACAACCUGCAGGGAGCUGAGCAAGCGCUCAGGAAGGAGACGGGCUUCUUUGAUGCUGUGUCAGCCGCCGGAUCCGGCGGUCAGGCUUCGUCAGACGUCGGCACCGUUCUCUCUGUUUACAAGAGCGAGGGAGACCCGGAUGCCUACGUCAGCAACUAUGUCAGUCUCAAGGCGUUCGUGGAGAAGUCGCUGGACGCCUACAAGUAUGAGCUGGGCCAGCUGCUGUUUCCGGUGUUCGUGCACAUGUACCUGGAGCUAGUGUUCAACAACCACCCUGCCGACGCCGAGGCUUUUCUGGCGCGCUUCGGGCCGGACCAGGAGGACUUCUUUCAGCAGGAUGUCCAGAAACUGAGCCACGUUACGUGUCCGGAGCACAUGCAGGAAAAUGAGCUGAUACAGCAGUUCCGCUCUAGCGCCUACACGGUGCGCAUGUGUCGCGACAGCCACGUGCUGCUGAAGCGGCACCUCUCGGAGAAGCAACACAGUCUUCUGCUGGGCCUGGUGCAGGACCAUGUGGUGCUUGACGUGUUUGAGGGCGUGCCUCGCUCCAAGCAGCUCAUCCACCUCACGGCCGGCGCGCUCGAGGGCGAUCCCGGCAGACAAGUGAACAAGACCAAGAUGUUGUUUGGCCUUCUGAGGGAGCCAGACAUCCAGCUCACUGUGCCCGUGGAAGAAGACGACGAACCAGAAGGUGACGACAAGCCGAAGAAGAAGAAGGCAAAAAAGGACGCGCUCGUCUCCAAGAAAAGCAAAAACGACCCGAACGCGCCGAACCCCAGCCGAAUCCCGCUGGCCGAGCUCCGCGAUAUGGAUAAGCGCGAAAAGGCCAAGAGUCUGCGCGAGGCGAUGAAGCGCGCCACUCUUGGGCCCGACUCUUUGCCCUCCAUGUGCUUCUACACAUUCCUCAACGCUGCCGACAACGUCUCCUGUGUGACCCUCUGUGAGGACAGCAGCAUGAUGGCCGUCGGGUUCAGCAGCAGCACUGUCCGAGUGUGGAGUCUGAUCCCGCAGAAGCUCAGAGCCAUGAAGUCUGCUGAUGAGCUGGCCGACAUUGACAAGGAUGCGGACGACGUCCUGGUGCGGAUGAUGGACGAGCGCUCGGCGGAGCAGAGCCGCACUUUGGCGGGCCACUCGGGGCCCGUGCACGGCGUCAGCUUCUCGCCGGACCGGACGCUGCUGCUCACGUGCUCUGAGGACGGCACCAUCCGGCUGUGGUCGCUGCAGACCUGGAGCUGCCUGGUCUGCUACAAGGGCCACGUGUUCCCUGUGUGGGACGUGCGAUUCUCGCCGCACGGACACUACUUCGCCUCCGGCGGCCACGAUCGGACGGCGCGCCUGUGGGCCACCGACCACCACCAGCCGCUCCGUAUCUUCGCCGGCCACCUCGCCGACGUCGAUGUGGUGGAGUUUCACCCCAACUCGAACUAUGUCGCCUCGGGCAGCAGCGACCGGUCGGUGCGCGUGUGGGACGUCAGCACCGGCAGCUGUGUCCGCGUCCUCACCGGACACAAGGGUGUGGUGUACGCGGCGGCGUUCUCGCCGGACGGCCGGUUCCUGGUGUCGGGCGGUGCCGACGGCGCCGUGCUCUGCUGGGACCUGGCCAGCGGCCACCUGACGGCGGCGCUGUGUCAGCACACGGACACCGUCUGCUGCGUCCAGUUCAGCCGCGACGGCGCCGUGCUCGCCUCCGGCGGCAUGGACGACUGCAUCAAGCUGUGGGACUUCCAGAAGGCCACCGAGGACUCGCUGGCUGAGGAGGUGGGCGCCGCGCAGCCGGCCGACGCCAAGGUCGGCGCCGAGCUGGCGCUGGCCUCCUUCGCCACCAAGCACACGCCCGUUCUGGUGUUGCACUUCACGCGGCGCAACCUGCUGCUGGCCGCCGGCCCGCUGCAGACGUAGGCGGCGCGCCCUCGCACGCGCGCGCCACUCACCUGAUACGCCGCUGCCCGCUGGCGUGUCCUCGCCCGGGCCAUCACUGCCCGCUGGCAGAACCAUUUUCUUUGCAUAGUGCAUGUGAAUACAUGAAAUUUGUUUGAAAAA